AUGUCCGCCCAUCCUCAAGCUUCGCCUCCGGGCAGCAUCCAUCCACACCUUAGCGCUCCGGGUGCUGGUCCAGCUCCAGCUCCCGGUCCCGGUCCCGGCCCUGGUGCUCUAUCCAAUACCCAUCCUCAGCAGCAACAGCAGCAACAACAGCAGCAGCAGCAGCAACAACAACAGCAACAACAGCAACAACAGCAGCAGCAGCAACAGCAGCAGCAACAAGUCAAUGGCCUUGUCUCUGUCCAACAGCCCCAGGCGCAGAAGCCGAUCGCCAAUCCCAUCAGUCAGAAAAUUGCUAUGCUCAACGAGGGCGUCUGGCUGCAGAUCGGACACUGCCAUCUUAUGAUUGACAAUCUUCAAGAGGCAUACACCUCGUAUCAACAGGCUCUAUAUCAUCUCAGAGAUCCUCAAUGCUUCAAAUAUAUCGUCACUGAUCCCCCGCGGCCUCUGACUGAAGAAGAUAUCUGGUUCCAAAUUGGCCAUGUCCAUGAACAACAAAAAGAUUACGACUCUGCCAAGGCCGCUUACCGACGGGUACUGGACCGUGAUCCCAAUCAUGCAAAGGUAUUACAACAACUCGGAUGGCUGCACCACCAACAAAGCAACAGUUACAGCAGCCAGGAACAGGCCAUUGAAUAUUUGGAGAAGUCUGUUAAAGCGGAUAACAGUGACGCCCAGAGCUGGUACCUCCUUGGACGGUGCUACAUGUCUCAAGCAAAAUACCCCAAGGCAUAUGAGGCUUACCAGCAAGCUGUCUACCGUGACGGAAGGAAUCCCACAUUCUGGUGCUCCAUCGGCGUGCUUUACUACCAAAUCAAUCAGUACCGUGAUGCGCUCGACGCCUACUCCCGUGCCAUCCGCUUAAACCCAUACAUCUCGGAAGUGUGGUAUGAUCUGGGGACUUUGUAUGAAUCAUGCAACAACCAGACGAACGAUGCGCUAGAUGCUUAUAGACGCGCUGCUGAUCUCGACCCCACAAAUACUCACAUUAAAUCUCGAUUGCAGCUGCUGCAAAGCGGCCAGGCAGGAGGCGCCAACCAGGCUAAUGCUCCCGUUCCACAAGAUGUCAAUCCUCACACAUAUCAAGCUGCUGGCGUGGGUAUGCCUCCUGGACACCAAUGGGGUCCUCCAGCACCGAGUGGUGGUCCUGUACCACAAGGUCCGGCGCCACCUGGUCGCAUCGACAAUUGGGCUCGGAGUGUCGGCGACGUCCAAAACUCCCAAGCACCACCACAACGUCCUGCUCCAUUCGAUCACCGUGAAGGUGUGCGGGGCGCGCCCCAGCAACCUAGCCCUCGACAGGACCAAGCGCUUCCAUACCCCGAGCAGACUCAACAUCCUGGGCCUCGAAAGGGGGGGCUCUCCCCAUCGCCGAAAUUCAGCUUGGCUGCUCCAAAUUCAUAUCAGAGCGGGCAGACUCUUCCCCAGCUGGGACCCCCACCUCCACCCUCACAGCAGCAGCAACAUGACCGCAAUGCAAAUAAUGGAAACUAUACUGCCGCCGGGCGACCACCGCCGUUAGCUCAGGGAGCGGGUCCUACGUCAGCUACGCCCAAUGGCGCUCCUUCCGGUCCCCAGCUAGCGCCUUAUGUUCGCCCUUACACCCCGCCAACCGAAGUACGGCCUCUUCGCGAUGACCGCCCAAGUUCCCCUGGAUCCACAUAUCCCCCGCCACCACACCAAUAUCACCCAGGGCCCCCCGGCCCCGGAGCCAACGCAGGUGCCCCGCCACCCCCAUCCACCAUGGGUGCCGCCGAAGCCGCCGCUCGCGACCGUGAACGCGACCGUGAUGAGAGGCCCGCAUCAUCCAUGAAACGUGGCCGCGAUUGGGAACCGGACCCAGGUCCCGGUCCUGUAAAGAAACUGGCGAAUGAGGAGAGUCGCGCCCGGCUAGAUGACCCACAGCAGGCACCACGACGCAUGUCCCCGUCCUCUCAGUCACAAUCACAAACUCAGCUCCCGUCACCCCGCGACCUCCGCCGGCGCGAUUCCUCCGACACCCAGCAGCGCGAACGUGAGCGCGAAGAACAACGCCACGUCCACGGGCGCGGCGUGCAUGAUGGUUAUCACCCUUCUGAGGCAGCGCAUCAUCCACCUACACUCCCUUCCUUCCAGCAUAUGCAAGGCCAGAGCCAGCAGUCACAAGGAGGGCAGCAACAGUCACAGCCACAACCAGGCCCCGCGAUGGCUCCGAUGGUGGCUGAGGGGGGCAAUGGGCAUCAAACGGGGCCACUGCCGUCGUUGCCUUCAGGCCUUGGCGGUGUUGCUGGAACGGGUUCGGUCAAAGAGGAGAGGGAGCGGGAAAGAGAGAGAGAUAGGGAGCGGGAAAGGGAGCGGGAAAGAGAAAGGGAAAGGGAAAGAGACAGGGAAAGGGAGCGAGAGCGGAAGGAGGCGAUGCAACAUGAACCACCGGCGCGGAAGAUGGAAGUUGACGAGGAUUAUGAUGAUGAUGGCGGGGAAGAGGAGAAGAAGAGUGCUGGUGGAAACGCGACCGCAAGUGGGAAGGGGGCUAGCCCAAACGGUGGAAGCAGCGGAAAGGGCAGCGGAAGCGGGAGUAAAAACGGGAUUGCUAAUGGCGGGGGUGGGAGGGAGUCGCAGCAAGCUCAGGCGCAGGGCAAAGGGGAUUCGAGUUGA